AUGGAUUUGGUUCAACCUUUCGCGGAUCUACACGUGGAUGGAGUCAGCAAAGAAAUACGCGAACAGUGCCAGGUGCUGAUACUGACAAACGAUCAGGUAGAUGAGUUAAUGCGACGGCUGAUUGUGGAGAUCAACCGUGGCCUACGAAAAGAAACACAUCCCGCAGCGGAUGUCAAAUGUUUUGUUACCUACGUGCAAGAUCUGCCAAAUGGGCAAGAAAAGGGCAAAUUUUUGGCCCUUGAUCUUGGCGGUACCAAUUUCCGGGUGUUACUGAUUGACCUUAAAGAUGAAAAUCAUUUCGAAAUGCGGUCGAAAAUCUAUGCCAUUCCAAAGAGUAUUAUGCUUGGCAGUGGAGAACAACUGUUUGACCAUAUUGCCGAUUGUCUGGUAAAUUUUAUGAAGGAACAGUCAGUGUUUGAUGAACGACUACCUCUUGGUUUCACAUUUUCAUUCCCGCUAACACAGCUUGGUUUGAGUAAAGGUAUUUUGGCACGAUGGACGAAGGGAUUCAAUUGUUCUGGGGUUGUAAACGAGGACGUAGUUCAGCUAUUGAAAGAUGCUCUUGCCAAACGACGGGAUGGCAAUCAAAUCGAAAUAUGUGCCAUCCUCAACGACACCGUCGGCACGCUGAUGUCCUGUGCCUGGAAGAAUAAAAACUGUAGAAUUGGACUGAUCAUCGGCACCGGAACUAACGCAUGUUAUGUCGAAAAGGUAGAAAACUGUGAAAUGUUCGACGGCUAUAAGGAUCCUUCCAAACAGUGCGUAAUUAUCAACACCGAAUGGGGUGCGUUCGGUGAUAAUGGUGCACUGGAUUUCGUUCGGACAGAGUACGAUCAAAUGGUUGAUCGCUUCAGCUUAAAUCCCGGCAAGGAGAUCCUAGAGAAAAUGAGCUCCGGUAUGUAUAUGGGCGAGGUAGCUCGCCUGGUCCUGGUAAAAUUCACGGAAGCCGGAUUGCUGUUCGGUGGGGUCGGUUCCGACAAACUGUUCGAACGUUAUCGGUUCUUCACCAAGUAUGUGUCGGAAAUCGAAUCGGACCAGCCAGGUACUUUCAAUUAUUGCCAUGAUGUGCUAGAUGAGUUGGGCCUAGAGCAUGCCACCGAUGAGGACUGUGCGAACGUGCGCUAUAUCUGCGAGUGCGUAUCGAGCAGAGCGGCCCAUCUUGUGUCCGCCGGAAUUGCUGCCCUCAUCAACAAGAUGGACGAAAAGCGUAUAACUGUUGGUGUUGACGGUUCGGUAUAUCGCUUUCAUCCCAAAUUCCACGUUCGGAUGACUCAGAAGAUCAAACAAUUAGUAAACCCCGACAUUAGCUUCGAUCUAAUGCUGUCAGAAGACGGUUCGGGCCGUGGGGCGGCACUAGUAGCUGCUGUGGCGCGUAGAGAGCAUCACUAG